GUCGUUUUUGUAACCUUUCGGAUUUUGUGUCCAAUAAAAACGCUCUAUGCAAUUUCUCCUCUUUUGAAAAACAGUUGUGGCCGUGAGUUUCCUCCCGAACGAGACCUGCAACCCAACCCUCGAGAAAGAAACCCAUUGUUCGGUUUUUCUGCAGUUGGUCUGAUGCUUGGUUUCGAACGCAUCUCCAUAGCUCCCGGUGGAGUGGAGGGUUGCUGGAAGAGCCUUUGAGGUCGGGUUAAGGAAUGAGUUGCCAUUUGAAAAGUACGAGGCGGCCUAGAUAUACAAUGCUUCAUCGUGUUGAUCGCUACGAGGAUUUCAAUUGUUAACCGUCAGCCGUAGAGGGUUGGUGCAUCACAAAGGAUUGAAAAGGAUAGAGAUGAACUAGAAUGAGUAGAUUGUCAUUCAGGCCUCGUCCGCUUGACAUUCACAAGAAACUCCCUAUUGUCAAGUCUGUGAAAGAAUUGGAAGAUGAAGAAACCCCCACUUCUACCCGAAAUUCCCAACUGCUUCGUGUUGCGGCCGAGGUAGAUAACGAGGUACAUCAAGUGCCUUGCAAGAAAUUGGCUCCUGAUAUACCCACUCCUCAAUUUGUUGUUGUUGAUACUUAUGAGAUAGACUACUCCCGCACUUUUAGUCAACCAACUUCUUACUUACGUGGCAGAGGAGCUCGGACAGAGCUUGGAGAGUUUGUUGAGUAUGACUUGGACAAUGAAGACGAGGAUUGGCUUCAUGACCUCAACAAAGAAAGAAAGAUACUCACUCCUGAGAGAUUUGAGAGCUUCCUCUUCAAAUUGGAGGUAUUGGAUCACAAGGCUCGAGAAAGAGCUGGUAUAAUAACAACUACUCUUGGUUCACCCGUUCCUGUACUCCUACAACAUGAUAAUGCUAUUGAGGCUCUACAAACACAAGCAAUCAAAUAUUCAGUUAUUGAAUCUGUUUACACUUAUUGGAAGGAAAAGCGUGAACGGUGGCAAAAGCCUAUAUUGCGGCGCUUGCAGCCGCCUCCACCUGUCAAUGAUACAAAUCCGUAUAAUGUCUUUAGGCCAAGGGAGAAAGCUCAUAGACUUCACACAAGAAGGAUGCAACGGAGGGAAAACAAUGUGCAAUCUUUUGAAAAGCUUCGCCAGGUUAGGCGCAACCUAGAACAAGCUAAAACCUUACUGGAGGCUUUAAUUAAGCGGGAAGAGAAGAAGAGGGAUCUGAUGGAAAGUGAUGUUGGGCUUCAGAGGAUUCAUUUGAAGUAUAAGCAUGAAACUGAACUUCUGGAAGAGAGCUUAGCACUUCCCAGGUUCUUACCCUUCUCUUGUAAGUUCGGUUCAAGCGAGGACGAAUUUCUGGAUUUAGAUGAGAUUGCAAUCAGCCGCCCCCCACGAAUAAGAACUUCUGGAUCUUUGGUGGAGGCAAACGCAAUUAUGCUCCCAACUGAAAGCGUGAAGCAAGAGUACAGGCAACAACAGUUGCCACAAGGAUGGCUUCACAAAAUGGAUCCUUUGGAACCGGUUUUGUUGUUUGCAAAACCUCUGAUUACAGAGAAGUUGGCAGCUGCAGCUAUAGUACCACCAUCAGAUUCUUCGACAAGGAAUAGUGUGUCAAUGGGCUCUCAUAAAUUUCGGGGAAGAAUUGGCCGAGGUGGCAGAAUAAUAUUUGACAGAUGGAAUCCAUUGUUGCAAACUGGUAUUGACUGUAGCAACUCAUACUAUUCACCACGAAAACAAGCGCCUAUAGCAUAUAAUUGAUUGAGUCUGAUUUGAGAGAUCAUCUGCAUAAGAGCUCCCAGAUUCCUGUGAUGUACAAAUGGAAGGAAAAUUUGUUUGUUAUUCUCCGUCAAAACGAGCUUUGUUUUAUCUGACUUAAGAAUUAAUGCAAAAGCAAGCUUAGUCUGCUCUGCACGUAGCAUGUGUCCUGCUGUCCAAUAUCUUCCUCUUAUUGUAUUGUAUUAAUGCUUUACGUAUCAAGCAUAAGAUUGGGUGUUGCAAUUUCUUGUUCAUAUGUUGGGAAUAUGGUGUUUAAAUACACUUUUUUCGUUUUUCGUUUA